AUGGAAUCGGAUAAUGAUGAUAAAGACUCAAAUCAACUACGCAAUAAAAAGCUAACAGUUUCUUAUGGUAAUAAAGAAGGUCUAGGGGAGGAUGAUGGCGAUGAACAGUUUGAUGAUUGUGACGCAACUUUAGCAAAAGAACUCGAAGCAGAUCCCAAGACUAUCGAUGACUUAAAACAAGAAUCAUUAGGCACGAGUCAGGAAAAUUCGAAUGAUCACCCAGAUCAAGACGAUCCAAACCAAAAUAAAAAUCUAUCAAAUGAUCUCUCACACAAAAAUAAAUCAUAUGAAAAAUCGCAUAAUACAAUUGAUUCUCAAAAAGCAGCUUGUAAUGACAAAACAGAUUCAUCACAUUCAGAUUCUCAUCACCAUCAGGCUUCAAAUCAAGAUGAAUCAUCUGAUGAACAGAAUUCUCCAAUUGGAAAUCAAAACUCUCAACACAACCAGGCUUCAAAUCAAGAUGAAUCAUCUGUUGCGAGGGAUCCUCCAAUUGAAAAUAAAAGUCCUCAACACGACCAGGCUCAAAAUCAAGAUGAAUCACUUGAUGAACAGGAUCCUCUAAUUGAAAAUAAAAAUCCUCAUCACCACCAGGCUUCAAAUCAAGAUGAAUCACCUGAUGAGCAAGCUCCUCCAGUUGAAAAUCAAAACUCUCAAUACAACCAGGCUCAAAAUCAAGAUGAAUCACCUGAUGAACAGGAUCCUCUAAUUGAAAAUAAAAAUUCUCAACACAACCAGGCUCAAAAUCAAGAUGACUCAUAUGAUGAGCAGUUUCCUCCAAUUGAAAAUAAAAAUUCUCAACACAACCAGGCUCAAAAUCAAGAUGAAUCACCUGAUGAACAGGAUCCUCUAAUUGAAAAUAAAAAUUCUCAACACAACCAGGCUCAAAAUCAAGAUGGGUCACCUGAUGAACAGGAUCCUCUAAUUGAAAAUAAAAAACCUCAUCACUACCAGGCUCCAAAUCAAGAUGAAUCAUCUGAUGAACAAGAUCCUCCAAUUGAAAAUAAAAAUUCUCAACACAACCAGGCUUCAAAUCAAGAUGAGUCAUAUGAUAAACAGUUUCCUCCGAUUGAAAAUCGAAAUCCUCAUCAACAACAAAACAAAACAAACUAUAAUAACGAUGAUACUUUUGUUGAUGUAUCAAAGAAGCAUGAUUCAUCUGACAAAAAUUGGAAGGAUUUGCGUCGUAAAAUUAAUAUUUUUUCAAAAAAAGAAAAUGACAACGUGCCUCCAGAAUCUUUUGUAACAAAAUUUCAUGUACAUUUACCAUCAGAUGUUAAAGGCACACCUAUAGUUACUGGUAAUGUGCAUGAAUUAGGCAAUUGGAAAAAGCCAAUUGUAAAACUUGUAAAGAAAACUAAAACAUACUGGGUGUCGAGAGAAAUUGAAUUUCCAUUAGAAGUAAAUUCUCAAAUCAAAUACAAAUACGCAUUAUCUCGCUCUGGACUUAUAAGCGAAUAUAUAACUGGAUAUGAGGGAUAUCAUGAUGAUGAUCGAACUCUAGAAAUUUUUACCAAUAAUCAAUUUGACGUUUGGAAAAAUAAUUACUCAUUAAGUUGCAGACCUGGAGAUAUUGAUAAUAGUUUCACCGAAGUUAUAUAUGAUUCUGUAACGCAUGUAAAUUUUAAAGAACAAGUAAUGGAAUAUCAAAAAUUAUUAAAACACCAUCAUUUCACUGUUGGUCUUAGUACUGCAGAAUUUAUUGACAAGAAAAUAUCAGACAGCGAAGAAAAAAACAAGAGGCUAUUCUUGUGUAUUUUACUUGGUUAUUAUAUUAAUGAGCGAAAAAAUAAUCAUAGUUAUUAUUAUGAGUUACCCUCUCACUUCAAAUCAGCCCCAUUAAUCGAUUCUUUGGGAACUGUAUUCAAGGAUACUUUCCCAUCAGACACCAAUCAUAUUGUAAAACAAGCUGUCAAUCUUUUGUUUAGACAUAAUUGUCUCAAUGGCUCAUUUGAAUGGCUGAAAUUAUUUUCUGUCGCGCAUAUUAUUGAUCCAAAAUAUGAGUUUCUUGAUGUUCUUGUUGGCGCCGAAUAUAAACCAAAAGAUCCAGAAUCGUUGUUUGAGAAUAUUGAGAAAUAUGUCAAACCACAUAUUGAUCAUAUUGAAGAUAAGAAUGUUUAUGUAAAAAUCGCCGAGUUUUUCUUACAAGUCUGUAAUGACAUUUCUGUUUUAUUAAAAAUGUGGGACCAUAUAAUUAUUCACAAACCAAACAAACUUGAGCGUGUAUUCCUCGAAACUAUUGAAGAUAACUUUUCUCGUGAUAAUCCAUGUCAAUUAUAUCAACAGGUACAAAUCCUUUCUGAAGAAAUGCAAAUUAGUUAUUCUAGAAUAAUUUGCCAAAUAUGCUUAGAUAUGCUCAAGAAUACAAGAAAAAAUUGGGGACGUGAACAUAUUAAAUCUAUAUUGUUAUUUCUGAAGCAAUAUAAAUGGGACAAAAGAGAAUUUCUUGAUGCUCUUGACUAUAUUUCUAAAUCAACAGAUUUGAACUUAUCGAAAGCUUUUCCUGAUCUAUUGGAAUACUGUUUUAAAACUUUCACCAUUAAAGAUUCAGAAAUUUUGAAAAUAUGUAAUCAAUGGUUUGAUCAAAAUUUAGAUAUUGUAAAAAAGAAUAAAGCAAGUGAUUUCAACGAGGUUAAAUUCAUUACAAUAGUCUUUAAUAACUUAUCUGAACUUUAUCCUACAAUUGGUGAAAGAAUCAAAAUUUUUAAUUCUUUGUUGGAUCGUGCAGUUGAAAGAACAAUUCAAUGUUCUGAAAAUUCCGUUUUUAAAGCAACAUGUUCAAUUGCUAAAUCCCAAAAACAAAUUUGUGUGAGAUAUUUUGAUGUGGUAAAAGAAGCUUUAGAAAAAUCGCAAAUAAGACCCAAUCAACAAUUAAUCCAAACGGUUCGAGAAAUUUGUGGAUGUAAUAAAGGAGAAAAAUUUAAUAUUCCAAAUGAGUUAUGUGAAAAUAUAAUUUGCUUUAUAAUGACAAAACUACAAGAUCGAAAUACUUUAAAUAGUGAUUCAGAAUAUUACAUUAGUAUAUUUAAAUCAAAAGAUUUUUGGAUAAUGAUCUUUAAUGCAACGGGAUCAAUUGGAUAUCUAAAUUCACACGAACUAGUUUUACAGUACAGGAAUUCUAUCAAAGAACUAGCAGAAUUGAUUUCAGAUAGAACUAUAAAUUUUCUACUAUUGAAAAAAUUAAUUGCUGUUGACAGUGAUGAGAAUUUCGUUAAGCUUGAUAAAUUUUUUAGUGCUGCAAAUUAUAAUAAAAAAUCGGAUUCAAUAACUAUUACGUUGGAUUCAGCAGUUUUUAUUACAAGAACCAUACUAGAAGAUGUUAAAAAUGAAAUCAAAGAAUAUGAAAAUAAGAUGGAUUAUCUUGAUACAUUCUAUCUCGGAUUAUCUCAAAAUGAAAGAAUAGUUGAUACACAAUCUUAUAUCGAUGAUCUGGAAAAUAAAAAGAAAUUUUUAUCAAAACUUACACUUAAGGAUAUCUUAUUACCUGAUUAUUGGGCUUUCCAUAAAAACAUUUCACAAUCUGCAGAAUCCGUUUAUCAAUUUAGAACAUCUCAAUCAUUUAAGAAUAUUUUUGAAUUCUGCUUACAAAAAAAUGAAAGUUCUACUUUAACGGUUGAAACUAUAGCUAGUAUAAUCAUUCCUAAUACAUUUACUGAUUAUGAACAAACGUGUAAAACAUAUGAAGAUUGGAAAGGAAUAUCAUGUUUAAAAGCUUGUGAAUUUUGGAAAGACGUUAAAGAUAUAGACUUAGAGCUUGGGUUGAUGAAGAAUUUUCUUAAACUACCCAAGGAAAAGAAAUUCUAUAAUACUAUCCAAUGCCUUUCUCAAAUUCCUGUUUAUAAGGAAAAAUUAGCAAAUUUAGAUCAAGUCAUAAAAUUUUUUCAAGAUUCACACGAUAAAGAGAGCCAAGUCACACACGUUUAUAAAUAUUUAUGCAGUGGUGAUUUAUUGUUGGAAAAAUUAACAAAAUUUUUUAAUUCCCUUGAUAAAAAACUUAAAGAGAUGGAUAAUGAAAAAUGUUGGAGUUUAAUCAAGGAAUUAAUGGAUGCAGAAGUACUUGUUGAUUUUCUUAGAUUAAUCAAAAAAGAUGAUAUUAAGAAUUUAAUUAAUAGUGUAGAUGAUCAUUCAGAUGAAAAACUUAUUCAAGAAGACGCAGUUUCAUCUUUUAUUGAAGUAAAACAAUUCAUAACACCGUUAUUGAAUAUUGAUGUAGAAAAGUCACUUGACGAUUUUCUUGAGGAAAUUGGAAAUAUCAUCAAAGCGAAUCCUAAUCUAGCUACUAAAGUUGUUUUAUGUAAUAAUAAUUGCAGGGCUUUAAAAAAUAUGUAUGAGAACAUCUCAAAUAAAGGUGAAGUAACGAAAGAAAAAAUUAAAAAUGCAGUGAUGAAAGGAUCCUAUAUUUUUAAAAGGGACACAAAAGAAGACAAAUGCAGUGCGAUAUUGACAUAUACUUCUGAUAAGGAGGCCCAAAAUUUAUCCUACACUUUUAAUGAUCUUCAAGAUUUACGUGGUCGUGCAAUAUUACUUGCAAAACCAGCUGUAAACCUCAAUUUAUCACUUGUGAGUGCAUUAGAAGAUGUUGAAAAUUUUAAACAUUCUAUGGAUGAAUUCGUUGAACAAGUUGAUAUUGCCCAGGAUAUAAUUAAUAUUUCAUCAAAUCUUAUACAAAUAGGGCAUUUUGAAUUCAGAAAGUUUAAAGUGACUGUCAAAGGAACUGAUAGAAUGAAAGAAUUAUUAAAAGAAUAUAAAGAAAAAUUAAGAGAAUGGUAUAAUAUAGUGAACAAAGCACAAGAAAAGCAUUAUUAUUUAACAUUCUUCCCUGGCCGACAUAUCCUUACAUUCUAUGACUAUUUUUCAAAUGUUAAUAGUCAUAAUGUGAUUGAAGAAUCUCGAAUACUUAUUCGAUUUGUAAAUAGAAAAGCCGAAUUACCUUCCAAUAAAGAGUUCUUGGGGAUUUCUUUUAAAAAGAAUGAUUACUAUGAGAUCCUUUGUGAAAUUGGCAGAAAGUUGCAACACAUUUUUGAAGUUUUUCCAAAAAAAAACCGCCAGAUCAAAAGCAUAGAUAAUUGUAUAAUGACAGACGUUGUGCUAAAUGGAAAAUUAUUUGUGGCAGCUUGUAAUGAAAAGUCGCGUGUUCCAAAUAUCAUAAUGUCCUUAUAUGCAAAUCACAAAUCUCAUCCUGAACCAUGGCAACUUUUAAUAUGCACUCCUUUAACAACUUCAGAAGAAUUAAUAAUUUUUAUCAAGCGUUGUUUUUUUGCAGCAAAUAAUGGGUUGAUGUGUAAACAAGAAGAAAACUAUUUAUUAGCAUUGAUUUGUUGUCGUGAGCAUGGAAUGCACCAUCACAUUCUAGACCAAUUUUCACAAGAUGUAUAUGGAACUAAUGGUUUGAAUACUGAAUCAAUGAAAGCAAUAUUUCAUGAAUUGUGUCCAAAUGUGGUUUCUGUAUCUUCAGAUCUCUCUGGACAAGGAAAGACAGAAUAUAUUAUACAAGAUAGUUAUAAAAAAAGAAAAAUUGUUCAUAGUCUUCUUAUUAGUGAUAGUUUAGAUUUCAGAAAACUUGUUAACCAACUUAAAGAAUGCAAAUUACGUCAAAUAGAAAGUCUACACUUGAACAUUGUCUCAGCUGAUAAUCCCACCGAAGUGAACAUGUUUCUUUUUGAAUUACUAACUUUAGGAAUUGUCUCUAAUAGUAUAGAUAUUGCCAUUUUACCCAUAACCGAAAUUUAUAUUGAAGUUGCUUCAACAACUGGUCAACAUUUAUUAAAUUCUCUUCCAAUCACAAGUUAUUUUAAAAGAGUGCAUUUGUCAUGGAACAUCCAAAAUCUUGUGAUAUCCCAAGAAAUCAAUAGUCCUAUUCAAAUAGUGUGUCAUUAUUUAAAUGCAUUUGAUCGUAAUGCUCUUGAUGAAAUUGACAUUCUUUUUAAGACUAACAAAAAAAUCACGGCUCCUUUGCGUGCAAAUGUAUGUCGUGAACUUAUAACAAAAUAUUACUUUAAUCAAGACGCUGAUGAUAUAUCAUCAUUUAGAUUUAUAGAAGUCUUUGUAAAUGUGUUUGCUGAUCAAUUAGUUAGAUUUUCUUCAAGCCAAUUUUUUCAAGUUGGAAAUCUUAAACAAAUGGUAAAGGAAAAGGGCAUUAGAUCAACUUUAUUUAAAACAUUACUUGAGGUAUCAAAAGAUUUUGCAACCAGAUCAAUUAAGACCAAAGCUGCUCAAUUGGAAUCAAUUAAAAUCAAAGGUACUCAAUCAGAAUUAAUAAAUAUCAGUAACUUUGAAAUUGCGAAAUUAAGUACAAUAAUUCGUUGGGAUGAUUCAAAUCAUCUACUUGUAUUUUUCAUGUCUCAAUCGCCUGAUUCAAUUUGUGCUCUAUAUCGUGAUAAAACAAUGGUUCCAGAUAAUGUAAAGAUGUUGUUAAAGAGUCAAUCGUUUGGACGAAAUCAUGAUGGCUGGGAGCUUGAUGACUAUAAUAAAUUGAAUCCAAAAAUUCUUCUAGAAAAAUUAGAAGGUCUUGCAAGAAAGACCUUACAUGAUAUUACAUAUCCUAAUUAUGCGCUGUCUGCUGACAAUUUAAUCAAAAUGGCACUGAUUUUAUUAAGAGCUCGUGCAAAUAUUCCAGUAAUUAUGUGUGGUGAAGCUGGUUGCGGAAAGACUAGUUUAAUAGCAUUUUUGGCAAAAGCUGUUGAAGUUGAUUUUAAGGCAUUAAAUCUACAUGCUGGUGUUCAGGAAGAAACAAUAAUAAAUUUUGUUAAAGAUGCUCAACAGAAAACCGUUAAAGGAGAAGUAUGGUUAUUCUUUGAUGAAAUCAACACCUGUAAUCAUAUUGGACUAUUAUCUGAUCUCAUUGCUCAUAGAGUACUUGAGGGAAGACCAAUUCAUCCAAACAUUCGACUUUUUUCAGCAUGUAAUCCAUACCGCAUACGUACUAAAAGUCUCAGUGAUGCAGGAUUAAAAACUAAAGUAAAGAUAUACGAAGAACAAAGUAGACUUGUUUACCAAGUUAAACCAUUACCUGAUCAAAUUUUGGAUUAUGUAUGGGACUAUGGCGUACUUCAACCAAAUGAUGAAAAGAAAUAUAUUGAAAUCAUGUUACAAGACCAAAAACUUCCUCAAGAGCUUUUAAGAGAUCAUAGAAUUUUGACUGAAACUUUAUUUGCUUCACAAGAAUUCAUUAGAAAAAUUGAGGAGCCAUAUAGUGUUAGUUUACGUGAUGUAAAAAGAGCCAUAAAACUUGUGAUAUUUUUCUAUGAACAUCUUAAGGAUAGACCAGCUAGAAAAAAACUACCUCAUGAAAAAAAUAACCCAGCUAAAUAUCCUAAAAGCAAACCAAGUUUGCAUGUGCGUUCAUACAUUUUAGCACUGGGACUAUGUUACCACUCCAGACUAUAUGAGAAAGAAUUGCGUAAUAAAUACAAGGAGGAAAUUGCAAAAAUAUAUAAUAAAUAUGAUAAAUCAUUUAAAAAGGAAACAUUUGAUUUGAUUUUAAGAGAGGAACAAGAAGAUAAUAUAAAAAGAAUGAUAUGUCCACCAAAUACUGCCUUUAAUGAAGCAUUGUUAGAAAAUGUUUUGGUUAUGAUAGUGUGUAUUUUAACCAAAAUUCCAGCAUUUAUUAUUGGUUCACCUGGAUCUUCAAAAUCCUUAGCAAUAAGGCUUGUGAGUCAAAAUUUACGUGGCGCAGACUCAAACGAUCCUUAUUUCAGAAAAUUGCCACAGGUUUAUCUCAUUCCACAUCAAGGAUCUUCUUCGUCCACUUCAGAGGGUAUCUUAAAAGUUUUUGAAAAAGCCAAUAAAUAUCAAGAAACUAGUAGAGAUGAAUUUCCUGUAAUCAGUGUUGUAUUAUUGGAUGAAGUUGGAUUGGCUGAAACCAGUCCAUUCAAUCCAUUAAAAGUACUUCAUUCUUUACUGGAACCAAGCUACCCAGCAGAUGAUAGUAAAGUUUCUGUAAUUGGUAUUUCGAAUUGGAGAUUAGAUAAUAGUAAAAGUAGUAGGGCUCUAUUAGUACAAAGGCCCAAAUUUGAUCUGGAUGAUUUGAUUGAUACAGCACUACAUUUAUUACAAAAUAAAAAAAUCAAAAGUGCAACUUUAAGACCAUUAGCUCAAGCAUAUUCUAAAUAUGAACAAGAUGGGCAAAUACUUCCUAAUUUUCAUGGACUUCGAGAUUAUUAUGCUUUAGUUAAAAGUCUUUCAUCAAAAAAUUUGACUCCUGAUAAUAUUCAAAUGACAUUGGCACGUAAUUUUGGUGGGACUGGAGAACAUAAAAAAUUAUGCGAAGAUUAUUUUGGAGAAGUAUUAAAUGCAUUUAAUAAUCACCAACAUAGAAGUUAUAAAUCAAUACCUGUUUUAGAUUUAAUCAGAGAAAACUUGGAUGAUAAAGAUGCAAGGCAUUUAAUGGUUAUAGGAAAAAGUGAAUCAAUAGUAAAUAUAUUAAACUAUGAGUUGCGACAAAGGCAACUGGAUCCUGUUAUAAUAUUAGGCUCGCAGUUUCCUGAAGAUCAAGAUGAUUAUUCAUAUAACAUUUUAAAUAGAAUUAUGGCAAGAAGCCUUUACGAUUUAUGGAAUCAAAAUUAUAUUGUUAUGGGAAGCAAUGAUAAUCCUAAAUAUUAUACUAGAGUUGCAUUGGGGGCAUAUGCGAAUCCGAUGUUAUCUGUUCACAAGGAUUUUAGGUGUAUUCUUGUUUUUGAAGAGAAAAAUUUACAAUAUGCUGAUCCACCACUUUUGAAUAGAUUUGAGAAGCAAAAAUUAGUGAUUGAUGAUAUAUUGACACAAAAAGAAAAUGAAAUUAUUGCUGAACUAAAUGCUUGGGUGAAGAAAUUCUCUACAGUUUCAGAAAGUAAUGUUCAAUCAUGCAAUAGAUUCAAUCAACAGGAUUUAUUUAUUGGUUUUGAUUCUAAUGAAACCAUACAAAGUUUGGUUAUAAAUAUAAUAAGAACAUAUCCAAAUGCCAACAAUCUAACAAUUCUCGAGAAAUGCAAAGAAUGUCUUGUUGCUAUUGCAACUUCUGAUGGAAUGAUUAGAUCUGAAAAUUCCUUAUUGAGCCGUGAAGAAGUACUUAAAUGGAAAGAAUAUUAUUUUAAAGUGCAGCAUCAUAAUAGUCUUUUUGAUUAUUUUAAUGCAUUGCUAAAACAAAAUGUCCUAAAUACGGAAGGAAAACAAAUUAUUGUAAAUACAUUUUCAAAUAUCAAUACUGAUGUGGAGUCUUGUCUGUCAAAUAAAAUCAGUUGCCAAGUUGAUAAACUUUCAACAUUCAAGUCUGAAACACAGUUCCAAAAUAGAAUCAAACAUUUUUGGUUGGAAUCAGACAAGCAAAUGUUGAUUCUCCAGUGUGAUAUAACGACAGUGAAUGCUGGAUGCAUUAAAUUGGCCAAAUUUGUUAUUGAACAAUUUCGUGGAGAAUUCUUAGCAAAAAGACAAAAUAUUCCAAUGAAACACACAUGUAUUAUUUUACACAUUCACCGGGAACAAGAACAGCCUUUUGUUUCAUUUAAUUUUAUGUGUGGAUGGGAACAGGUUACAAUUGAUACAUUACAAAUACAAGAUAGGAAUUUAUCCAGUCUUUUGGAAAAACCUAUCAUUGAUAUUAUCAAUACUACAUAUCCAUUUGAAGAAAUUUUGAAACGUGAAUUGCUAUGGUGUUUAUCAUGCAUGAAAUAUUAUUCUUCACAAAAAUCACUGGAUCAUAUUAAAUUUUUAAAUUUACAAAUCCCAAAUAAUGAAAUUCUGGUUAAAUAUUUGGAAUGUAGAACACAACAAUGGUUAGAAACAAAUUCUGAAACAAACUGGCAAUAUAAAGUUGCAUCAAAUAAGAUGCUUUUAUUCCCAUAUUCUUCAUUCUCGGGAGCAUUACAAGCAUAUCUACGUACCAUUGUUCGAAGCCAAAUUGCAAAAUUGUUAUUUGCAAUUGAAAAAUUAUCAGCAACUAAGACCUUAUUUUUGAUUGAUGGACCACAAAAAGAUGAAGAUGAAGAAGAGAUGGAACAAUUCCAAAAUUUACUUGAAUUCUGGACAGAAUGCUUUAUGGAUCCAAAAAUUGUAAAUACAGUUGAAAUACCAGACCUUAAACCAAAUGGAUAUAAUAUGCCUUUCAUUAAUUAUGACCUUGAAUUUCCAUUUUCAUAUUACUUUAUGAAAAGAAUCGAUUCGUUUAAACAAUUAUUUGAAGAUGAAAUAAAUAAACUUGGGGAAAAUGCUGAAAAUAUUGAUCCUCGAACUGGCGAACUUUACCAGCAUUGCUUUGAUGAAUAUACAAAAGGAUUUUCAACAAUUGUUUUAAACUCGAUACCACUACUCAAAAAAUUAUCAUCAUUGAACCAGUAUCCUCCACAUUUAUACAUUAAUGAUUUUAUUACAGUAGUUUCUUCUAAUGAUUCUGCUGGUAGUAGAAACCCAGAAAUUUUUAGAUUUUUACUUCAAAAUCAUAUGGGGAAAAAUAAAAUUUUGAAUCCAGUUUUCUUGCAUGCAUAUUGGUGGAGAAAUGCAAAUACUGUCUUAGCUGAAUUUCAGUUAAUUCAAAUAAGCCCAAUGGUUAUCGAUAAAAUAGCAGAAUGUGACAACUCAGAAUCAUUUGAAUAUUCGUUGGUUAAUAAGAUUGCAGCAAUUAUGUUACGAAAUAUUAAUGAAUUACAAAACUUGGAGCAAAAUUUAUCCAUUGUUAAAGAGUGGCAACGAGAUGUUACAAAAGUUUUAUCACUUGGAGCAAAGAUUUUGAAAGGUCAAUCAUUGCCUUCGCUUCAAAUCUUACGUAUUUGUAAUGAUUUCAUAUCAACAAAAUCUAUUCCACUAUCAAAUAUCAAAGAAAUAAUUGCACUUGGAAAAGAUUCAAUUGGACAAGAAACUCUUUCAACUGAACUUAUUGAGAAAGUAUUUGAUAUCCUUUAUCAAGUUGAACCAACUGAAAAAACCCUUAUUUCAAAAAGAUCAUUCCUUCUUAGAUGCCUUGAUAUCAUUAAACUUGAAUCAAGUUUUAGACCGCAUUUCUAUAAUAAAAUUUUCAGUCAAGGACCAUUUCCGCUCAUGGGUGUAAUAAUACAGCGUAUCUUCUUGGAAGAAGAUAAGGAUAAAGAAGAAAGUAUUUUUUUGACCAUCUUAGAAAAUCCAAGUUUGGCAAGAUUAAACAUAAUAAAUACUUGUCUAAACAAGCAAGGACUUGACUCAAUGAUGUCCACAUUAUGCUGUGAUAUUAUUCAAACAUUAUUUGCAACAUAUGCAUAUGAAUUAUCAGACUUGGCAGAAUAUUUUGGAUCUGCAGCCAGAGCAAUAAUUAAUCCUAAAACAGAAUCUUUGCAAAAAAUAACAGCAAUUGCUUUACUUAAAGAAUUUGUCAUAAAAUUCUGGGAUGAAUGUAUUCAAGAGCAAAGCUGUUCCCAACCACUAAAACUCGAAUCAAUGGAUGUGGAUUUUGAAGGUUUAAUUAAUGAAAUCAACAAUUUUAUGAGCAUGCCACUUGAAUUAAUUUACUCGUUAAAAAUAUAUUUUAUAAGAGUUUUGCGUAAAAGACACAAUUUUUCACUUAAUGACGUAAAAAUUUUUUGUAAUAGACAAAGUAACACACUUCCAUGGCUUGCAAGUAUUCCAUGGGAAGACAAAUCUCAAUCUAGACUCUCAUUUAAUCCUUACUGGGUUUUAGAUGUGUAUUCAGAAGCUGAGAAUGGAUUUUCCAAUUGCUUUUUAUUUAAAAAUAAAGCCCCAAUUAGAACCUUCCUGCAAUCUUUAUCAAAAAAUAAAUCAAUAGAACAUAGAAUUGCAUUUGGUGGAUUACUUAUACAUCGCAUGCAUUUAGUUCGUGCCUCAGAAGAAUGGAAUUCUGAAUAUGAAAAUAUUAGUAAGGAUUUUAUGACUGAAAUCAAUGGAAUGAACACGCUUUCACCACCAUAUCAAAAUAUUAUUGGAAAUAUUCUAGAAAAUAAACAACCGUUUCUUCAAUUAGACACCAAUGUAACAUAUGAACAUUUACUGAUUAAAUCAGUGAUUGGACAUAUUGUAAUACUGCAUUCAUCAAUUCCUGCAGACUCAUCACCAUUAACUGUAUAUUUAAAUAGUUUAGAAAAUUGCCAUGAACAUUUUCUUUUAACAUUACCAACUGAUAAUGAAUCAGUUAUCAUGAAUGCUAUAACAUCUAAAGAGAAAAUAACAAGGUGUGGUUUUAUAUAUUUUAUAGCAGAUUGUGGAAACACAAAUCAAUCAAGCACAUGCCCACAAUGUAAAAACGCAAUUGGAGGAGAAGGUUAUGAAAUAGCUCCUGGGAAUCAAAAAUUGGAUGUAAAUCCAAUCAUAAAUGCGACGAUUGUGAAUCAACCUGGUUAUGUUGAAGAUCAGAUUGAGACUGGAAUUGGUCAUACUGUUCGUUCCAUGCAACCAAAUGCAUAUCGUAUUUUACAUUUAAUGGUUCAUGCUUUGAUUGGAUCUUCAAAUAAUGCUAAAAACUUCUUAAAAAAGAUUACAAACAAUGUUGAAGAAUAUUGUUUUCGACAUAUAGAAAAUGAUUGGAAUGUGCUUAAACAAAUUUUUAAUUGUAAUGAUGAAAACUUAGCAUUAUUAUUACAUUUGAUUCUUACAGAAUUGACAAAAAAAAUUCCUGGUGGCGCAUCAUUAAUUAAAACUCCUGCUCAACGGGAUGAAUGGGAAAUGCAAUUUAGCAAAAAUUAUGUUGAGCCGUCAACAAAGAUUUUCAAUAAAUCAAUUGCAAAUUUUUAUAGAGAAUUAAACGAAGCUUCAAAAAAAGCAAACGGAAAUGAUAGUUUAAUCGAAUCUGAAAUUAACCAGACCAUAGAAAUGGAUAAAAAUUAUAUGAUGAAGCAUUUACCAAGACUUUGGAGAACAAUAGGAACAAUAAAUUUUGAAAGUUUCAGAGCCUAUUACUUUGCUGACCAAUUCAAGAACAGUAAAACAUAUCCAGUUCUUUUUGUGUUUUUUAAACAUUCUGAGAAAUUAACACAGAUUAAACAUCUUUUCUCCAUUAUUAAAUUUGUUGAGAUAAUGACAUCAAGGCUUGAGUAUAGAAUCAGUAGGCAAAAGGCUCGGGAAAUGACAUUCCGGGAUUUUAUAAAUAAUGAAUCAAAUGGAGGAGUAAUUCAAGAGACAUAUAAAAUGUUGGAAGAUGCAUUUAAUGAAUUUUCAUUAGCAUGGAAUGCAGUGAGCGAACAAGUUAAGAUAUAUCGGUGUAAAGAAUUUAAAAGUGGCAUACCUAAAAUAAAUUUAGAUUGUCCCAUUGUUUUUGGAUUAGUUGAAGAAAAGGAUAUAGGGAUAUAUAUAUGCGCAAUUAUAAAUUAUCUUGUGAGAUUACAAAAUGAUUUCUUGCAAGAAAUAAUGGUAACCCCAAGUGAAUCAUUAAAAUUUUUAGAAGAACCAUCAUCUCAAGUCAAUGUUGAAUCAACAUUAUCUCAAUCAAAUGAUCAUAAUAAUCCGCUAACAACUAAUCGAAAUUGUGUGCAAUCAAAUCUUGAUAUUGGUUAUGGAGAUGAUGUUAUAUAUGAUUUACAAAAAAUUGAGCUUGAACUUGCACGUUGGCUGAUAUUUGGUAAAGCAUAUAUUGAAACUAUACCAAACUCACAUUUAUAUUUGGAACCUUUUUCAUAUCAUAUGGAGUUGUUCCAGGGGUCUAUGAGAAUUCUUGGUGAAAUCAAAAAUAUAAUUCCACAAGAACCCAUUCCUAUUGAAAAGAUAUCAUUGAUUAAGGAGGAAGCGGAGCACUUGAAUAAAAUUUCAUUUACACCAUCACGACGUGUUUUGGACGAUCCAAGUGAUAUUUUAUCAUCACUGGAAGUACUUUUAUGUUUUGUUAAACUCAAUGCAGUAGGACAGGGGGACAUGUUAAUACAAAAUUAUGUAACACAAUGGGUUAAAUUAUCACCAUUGAUAAUGAAACCUGGAUUUGCAAAGGUGUUAAAUGCAGGUCUAACCUUAAAACAUAUAGUGGCAUUGUAUGAAUUUGUAGAGGAACAAGUAGCCGAUAGGUUGAUUGGAUAUAUUGAUAACAUGUAUAAAGAAGAAUUGACAACAGUACAAAAGGAUGAAAUUUCAUGUAUAGUUGAUUUUACUAAUAAUCAACAGUACCAACCACAACAAUCAACGAUGGACCAAAAAGCAAAAAUACCAGCAGAUGCACUUAUUGUAGCAUUGAAAAGAUUUAUGUUUAGAUUUUUGUCAGCAGAAUCAAAUGAUUACUCAAAGCAUCUAUUGAAAACGUAUUUAAGCGACGAGGAUUUGAAUUAUUGGUCUUCAGGAAUUGAUGAAACAACAAUCGAUUUACUUCCAGAUACAUGGCUAAAUUCACAUACAUUUGCAAUAUAUGAAUACUGUCUAAAUCAAGUUAAAAAACAUAUGCAGGAGCCAAACACCAAAAAAACAAGAAGACAUAAACAAAGAAUGAUUUUAAAUGAAGCAAAGAAAUUUGAUAAUUGUUGA